GCCAGAUUUCAUGCUUGUAGCAAUUUUGUAAUUUUUCUAGCAAAUGAACUCUGAAAUUAGACAGAACUAGCUAUAAAAUAGCUAAGUUGGCAAUAGUGCAACUCUAUAAAACAGCCCGCGCGACCAUCCUAUACAACUUUCGUUAAUUCUAAUUGUGUGAACAUUUAUGGCAAUAAAACAUAAACUCUGUGCGAGAACUACGUAACGUCGAUACACAAAACUAUUCUCACACAUAUACGCACACUCGCGCACUGUAUUUAGAAUACACCCAUAUAACGGGGCUCCCAAUAGGAAAGCGCCAACGGUAAUAAAAAGACAACAACAAGGGGCUUAUCAGUAGCCGCUGCAACAACAAAUAACCAACAUUAAUUAUAAUCAAACAGGGAAAACAAUAUCAAGCUGAAACGAAACUCGGUCGCUUUAGUCAUCAUUCGUCGGCCAACAACACGCAAACAAGAACAGUGCAUAUAGAAGAAUUUUCAUUGCAGACUCUGUGACGUGUCCAAAUUACAAAGCACAGACUACACAAAGAAAGAUGUGCGGCUCACCGAACACAGCGGGCGGUACGGGUGCAAGGGCUCUGAUAUUGGUUGGUGGCUAUGGAACACGUCUGCGUCCCUUGACACUGAGCACUCCCAAGCCUCUUGUGGAGUUUGCCAACAAACCCAUACUGCUCCAUCAGUUGGAGGCGCUCGUUGAUGCGGGCUGUCGUCAGGUCAUUCUGGCUGUUAGCUAUAGGGCCGAGCAAAUGGAACAGGAACUGCGAGUGGAGGCGGAAAAACUGGGCGUUGAACUGAUCUUUUCACAUGAAAGUGAACCCCUGGGCACAGCUGGGCCAUUGGCGCUGGCCAAGCCCAUAUUGUCGGCCAGUGCCGAGCCCUUUUUUGUACUCAAUUCGGAUGUGAUCUGUGAUUUUCCCUUUAAGCAGCUUAUGCAAUUCCAUCGCAAUCACGGCAAAGAGGGCACAAUUGUUGUCACCAAAGUGGAGGAGCCAUCCAAAUACGGUGUGGUGCUUUAUGACGAGCUUGGCUGCAUUAAAAAUUUUAUUGAGAAACCGCAAGAGUUUGUUAGCAACAAAAUUAACGCUGGCAUUUAUAUAUUCAAUCCAUCGGUGCUGGAACGCAUCGAGGUGAAGCCCACGUCCAUUGAGAAGGAGGUGUUCCCGGAUAUGGCACUGCAGCAGGAGCUCUACGCCAUGGAUCUGACCGGCUUUUGGAUGGAUAUUGGUCAACCCAAAGACUUUCUAACCGGUAUGUGCCUCUAUCUCAGCUCACUGCGUCAGAAGCAAUCGACCAAAUUGUAUACGGGACCUGGUGUUGUGGGCAAUGUGCUUGUGGAUCCAUCGGCGAAGAUUGGCGAGGGUUGUCGCAUUGGUCCGAAUGUCACAAUUGGACCAGAUGUUGUCAUCGAGGAUGGCGUUUGCAUUAAACGUUCCACGAUUUUGAAAGGCGCCAUUGUGCGUUCCCAUUCCUGGCUAGACUCCUGUAUCGUUGGCUGGCGUUCAACAGUUGGACGCUGGGUGCGCAUCGAGGGUAUCACGGUGCUGGGCGAGGAUGUAAUUGUCAAGGACGAGCUCUAUGUGAAUGGUGGUCAGGUGUUGCCCCAUAAGAGCAUUGCUGCCAGCGUUCCCGAACCGCAGAUCAUCAUGUGAAAUCAAAGAGUUCCUGUUUCUGGAAUCAAUUAUUGUAAAUAUUAUAAUUAUUAUUAAUUAAUUGUUUCAUUUGGUAUUCGAUGCACCGAUUGCCUUUGUGAGUGUGUGCGUGUGUAUUUGUUUAAGCUGAAUGUUUGUCAAUAUUCUAAAGAGCAUUUCCAUUAAUUAGCCUGGCUAAAAUAUGUAGCUUACAAAAAUAAGACUUGAAUCGCAAAUUCUGUUACCAUUUGGCCUACAACUGUAAACGACGCAUAAGUUUUAUAUCAAUUUAAAUUAAACAUAGUCGAAAUAUAAACGAUGUAUUAUAUACAUAAA